UUUGUGAUUUUGCCAUUCUUGAAUUCCAACCCAGCAACAAAUGCCAGGCACAAGCAGCCGACGCAGCGUGCUGGAUAGCAAGCGCCACUUUCUGAACAAGCGCUUCCUUCAGCUCUCGCAGCAGGCGACCGAGUCCAUGGGAGCGCGCGACCGAUCCGAGAUGGGAGACCUCGAUUUUGCCCGACUUGAAGAAAUUGUCCGCAAGAUGCAAACAGACUACGCGUCGGUCGUCGAAAAUACCAACAAGCUCCUGCGUCCCAAAAGCCUCCGCCAGUCGGUGCUCAAGUUCGCCGAAGUGAUUGACCGCCAUGAAAUCGACAAGACACGACUUGGAAAGCUCGGUCAGUCGAUGGUGCAGUCUGGCCAAGACAUUGGCGAGGAGUCCACCUUGGGUGCCGCGUUCGUGCUGUGCGGAAACACCGAACGCCAGCUGUCCGAGGCGUGGCUUCAGUUUGAGCAGCAAUCCGGCAAGCGCUUUGUCGAGCCAAUGACCGUCUACGCACAAACUCACCUGAAGGAGUUGCAGCAGCAGCUGAAAAAGCUCGAAGCCGAUCGCCUCUACGUGGAUGCCAACAAGCAAAAGGCCGAAUCGGCACGUCGAGGGCUUGGCAUCAAGUCCAACGUCGUGGAUGUCUCUGUGCUCAAGCACCGCGAGGCCAAGGUUGACCGCCUGCGCUCCGAACAUUUGACCAAGUGCGACGCCGCGCGUGCUCAGCUGGAGCACUUCUUCUACGACAUGGAGGACGAUCAGUUCUUGGUGUUGAUGUCCUUCAUCGAGGAGCAGAUGAAGUUCUUCCAGAACGGUCUGGAUAUUUUGUCCAAGCUGGCAGGCCAACUCCAGGCCAUCACGCAGCAACCCGUGACCUCCAUUACAGGCACCGAACGUGCGGCGCCAGCUUCCAUCCGUCGUGCGCGGGUUCUCUACGACUAUUCUGCCAAUAGCGACGACGAAUUGUCGCUGGCCGCUGGCGAGAUUCUCAGUAUUUCCAGUGAUGCACAAGGCGACUGGCUGGAAGCUACGAACCAGGACGGCAUGACUGGCCUCGUGCCGAGCAACUAUGUUGAGUUGCUCGCAGACGCUGAGGCAGCAGAUGUCGGUGUGAGUGACUCGAGCCGCGCUCAAGUCGACGGGCAACAGUCCGGCCAGAGUCGGAUUGCCGCGCCAGGAUUGCAACAAGGGUCGCAAGGCAUGGCGCCCAGUCGCUCGCCCACAUCGGCUCAGCACUCUACAAACAUGCCACGUUCAGCAACGCAGAGCCAGACGCCGCAGCAAGCGUCCUUGCAAAUCCCCAACACGGGGCACACGGACGUGACUCGUUCGCGAAGCAACACAGACACACGCGCUCAGGAGGCUUCGGCGAUUGUGACGACGGCGUGCGACUCCAUGCUGCGUAACUUGGGGGACACGCAGGCGUCCAUCGCUGCAGUCGAUCAAACUGCCCCGAUCAACCCCCACCCGGUCGAGGUGGUUGUCGGCAACCGCGACGCUCUCAUGCAGUAUGCACAGGAGCUCGUUGCACGUUGCAAAGCUUUCAAGGCUGCCGGCAUCGAUGCCAUGUCCCAACCGGACGUCUUUUCGCAGUCCAGUGCCCAGUGCGACCGCACUCUGACGUUGCUUGGCGAGUCGGCUGCUCGUCUUGCCCAAUCGCUCGGCUCGGCGUCCGAUCGCAGCCGCCUGUUGUCACGCAGUCAGGCACUCAUAACCACAAUUGCCGCCUUGGUUCAGGCCAUUCGUCUCGGAGCCGAAACUGCGGCUGGCAGCGGGCAUGUCACGGACUUGACCGAGUUUGUGCGUGAGCCCGCCAAACAGCUGGUUCAGAGCAUUGGCGCGCUGCUGGAUGCAAUUGACAACAUUGCGAUUGCACCCACGCCGCAGCCCAGCGGCUCUGAAGCUCUGUCGUCGCUGAAUGAAGCGGAACGCGCUCUCCAUGCAAUGGCUCUCGACGUCAAGCGCGACACGGAAGCCAUGCAGUCGCUGACCGCCCCGAGCUCGGCGGCCGCGUUGGCUGCUGCGGCUGCAGCUGCGUCGCUGUCUGUCGAUCGCAACAAGCCCAAGGCUUUUGAAGCCAAAGUUACUUUUGAGUUGCUCGGAGGUGCGGGCGAGCUUGGAACCUGCGUCACGCAGCUGAUUUCGGCCGCCAUUGAGGCGCAACGUGCGAUUGGCCCGUGUGCCAUGUCGCAGCCCUACUUUGCGGUGGGAGUCUGGUCGGAAGGUCUGGUGUCCGCCGCUCGAGAGGUGGCCGAGUACACGAGCAUGCUCCGGGCUGCGGCAGAAGGUCUCUCCAAUGGCACCCGUCCGCUCAUGGACUUGCCGGCUUCGGCACGGGCGGUGGCGGCCGCAACCAUGCAGCUAGUGCUCGCAGGGUCGACUCGCAACCCCAACCAGGCUGUUCAGCUGCGCCUGCACGAUGCCGGCGCAGCUGUUCGGCACGUGUGCGACAAGCUGAGUGCGGCUCAACUUCAGCAGACAAUCAGUCAGAUGCCUGCGGAUUCUGCUCCUGCCAUGUCUGCCUCCUCGCUUGCCGCUCAACGCGCAGCGGAGCUGGAAGCUCGUUCCAAGGUCCUACAAAUGGAACGCAACCUCGAAAAGGCGCGUGAAGACUUGCACUCGGUGCACAAGGCCAAAUACGUUGGCAGCACGACUCUGCCACGCGCCGAAACCCCUCCGUCAGCUGCUGACCAAGACCUGAUGGAUCGCUUGGCGCGCCUUCGUCAGCAGUGAGAUUUUGCGGCCGCUUUUUGUUGUGAUAGUUUGUAUUGUGUUUGUAAAAAAAGUAGUAGCCUGAUGAAAAAGUGAGUUUGCUGUUUUUUGCUGUGAUUUGCCGUGUUUGUGCUUCUGAAUGCAUCAUUCCCUCCCA